UUUUGUGCAGAACAACAAGACCUCCGCGGAAGAACACAGCGCAGUCACUUGUGUAUCUUAUUUCUAUGGAAAGGUAGCGGGAAAUAUCAAAACUUCGACACAGAAUGCUCUGUUACGUGUCCCUGCCUGACUUUGUCCUUAAAGAGUUCAAAAUUCGAGAUAAAGCGAGAGGACAAGACCUUUUAGAAGAGGUGUGCAAAAGACUUGGGAUAAUUGAACUAGACUAUUUUGGAUUACAGUUCACAGGCCCAAAGGGCGAAACACUUUGGCUUAACACCAGAAAUAGAAUUCGACGUCAAAUCUCUGGUACACCACCGUAUCGCCUACAGUUCCGUGUAAAAUUUUUCGUCCAACCACAAUACCUACUUCAAGAUUCCACCAGGCAUCAGUAUUUUCUCCAUUUGAAAAACGAUUUGGAAGAAGGGAAAAUUAUCCCAGAUCCGGAAAAAGCGGCAGCGGUGUAUGCGUUGAUCGCACAAGCAACCAUUGGGGACCAUGGCGAUUCCUACUCUCCGUGUGAUUAUUGUCAGGCAUCAGAAAUUGAAUCACAGUGGAGCUCAGAGUUUCGUAGCAGUGUUUCAGAGGAACAUGCUAAGCUCAAAGGCGUUCGAUCGGCGGCAGCGAAGCAAUUUUUCAUCAAAGAACUGUCUCUGAUGGAAAAUUAUGGAAUAGAGUAUCAUCUUGCAAAGAACGAAUCAGGAAAUACCCUUCACAUCGGUGUUGGAAGCGAGGAGAUAAAAAUCUUUGAUGCCGACUUCAACUUUGUUGAAAGAUUUUUGUACAAUGGCCUGAAGAUGGCAACUCAUGUUAAGAACAAUCUUCACCUGAAAAUUAUAGCUGAUGAUGGUGAAUCUUUGUUUACAUUUCGACUCACCAGUCAGGAAGCUGCCUGUGCUUUGUACAGAUCUAUUACAGAGUAUCAUGCAUUUUACCGUUGUGAAACUGUUCGUAAUGCAGUCACUGAUCAAUUCACACGAGACUUGAAAGAAACCCUGAUCUCUUUCUUUGGAGAUGAGGAAUCAGAGAAAAAGUACAUCUUUGAUGUACAGAGGACUUCUAAGGAAGUGUAUGAUCAUUGUCGGAGAGUUUUGUACAAGCGAGGAUGUGAUCCAAUUCAAAAUCCCCCUGCAAAGCGUCAAGUUGAAUUCAGACCUCAGACUGGUGAUGCAAAAGUUGCUCAACUUCAAGAACAGUUGACCAAGAUGGAGGACUCACUGAAGUGUAAGAUCUGCAUGGAUGCACAGAUUGACACUGUGUUUUGUCCAUGUGGACACAUGGUUUCCUGCAAUGUCUGUGCAGCAAAUAUAGAACUAUGUCCCAUUUGCAGAGCCCAGAUCCAGAAUGCUCAGCAUGUGUUCUUUCCAGUCACAGUGAGCUGAAAGUGAGGAGAGGACACCUGAACAGAGUGUUGAUAUUAUUUGACACUUUCUGUCAUUUCCAAGAACCUAGAACCUACCUCAACAUGACACAAAGGAACAACAAUUUGUCUAAGAAGACCCUGGUAAAGGAAGAGCACCUUUAACUGGCAUUAGUGGAUUUCAGAGCAGUCUUUCUAGCCACUAGUGUAGUGUGUUAGAGUAUAAGAACAUUUGGAUUGGUUUGUGAAGAUUAGGGUGAAGAGAGUAAUUAUGAACUAAAGCAGGAGUAUGUAAAAUACUUUCAAGCAUUUUGGUUUCAACGGACAGCCUCCAAGGCAGAAGUAUUUUUGAAAGAGAGAAUAAUUUUUAAGGCUUUUAAUAACAUGAUUUGAAGGAAAGUUGAAAAGAUGUAUUUAUAAGUUGAAUUUAUAAGUCUCAGAGACUUCUUAUCACAAGAAAACAACCAGGGGUCUCAAACUAAAAGUUUGUUAUUAAUAAGUUCUAAGUAUUUCACUGUUAUGAAUAGAAUCACCAUAGUUACUAUACCAGCCUAUUUUAAAGUUUUAGAACCUCUCAGGGAAAAGUGACAAAAUGCAUGUGUUUGUAGAUUAUGAGCAACAUGAACAAGUUUUUUAUCUGUUAGAGUGAGCUAGUUGUGAGUUUCAUUGGUUUGAGCUGUGUUACUUUUCCUUUGUUUAGUUUGAGGCUGUGAAGUGUGAACAUUUCUUGCGUUAACCUGAAUCCAAGUACCUAGCUCAGCAUAAGUGUAUCUUGAUCUGUACAGAUAGGAUUGUAUAUAAUAUGUACACACUUAUUGGACUAAGGUGCAUGUAUUAAUCAGGUUUGGCUUUUUGUGAUUGUGGCUAACACACACUAUAUAGAAAAUGAAUUGCUAAUGAAAUAUUUGAGAGAGUAAUAAUUAAGUACAAUUCUUGAAUAUCAUUUCAUUGCAUGGUAAUAUCACAGUUGCAGUAACAUGACACUUAUUGUUAAUGUUCUUAGCUUUUUAGUCUUAAAAGCAUUUGUGCUUCCUGAAGUUUUAUUGAGUUGUGGCAAACUUCACCUGUUGCCUAUCAUCUUCUAUAACUCAUCUUUCAUUUGUUUUCAAUCAUAAGCAGCAAACCCUAUAAACAGUCAAAGGUAAUUCGCUCAUCACUGAUUUUGCAACAUGGUACAACAAAAUAUCUCAUCAUUUGUUAUCCAGCACCUUGGGUGCAUCAUGUUAUAUUUAAGUUUCUCAUUAAGUGCCUAUGUUAGGUCUGAAAUGUGGUGCAGGUUCAGCACAGUUCAGCAGAUUUUACUUAAUGUAUGCUAGAGUACCUCAAAUGCAACAAAUCAUUCUUAGAUUCCAUGUCCUUGUAAGGCUUUUUUCUUGAAAAUCUGAUAUCGCAAUUUUUUAUAGACUCUUCAGACUUUCAAAAAAUGAGGAUUUUUUUUAGGUCUGUAUUUCCCUUUUUGUAGCGCAUGGAUAUUUUGAGAUCUUGUUUUUGUUGUCAAAAAAAUACUGCUGGAACUAAA